AUGCCUGCGAAUUCGCCGGGCCAAGCUGGGCGAAGAGCAUCCGAACACAUUGGUUUCCGUCAGCAACUCCUGAAGGCUCGUGGCGAGCUGGCAGAAGCCGAGCCUCUCUACCGAGAGGCUCUGGAGAAAAGCCGAGCCAAUCUGGGCAGAGAGCAUCCGAACACGUUGGGUUUUAUCAACAACUUGGCUGCGCUCCUCGAAGCCCGCGGCCAACUGGCAGCAGCUGAGCCUCUUUACCGAGAAGUUUUGGAAGCACGCAAGAUUGGCCACUUCUCAAAAACUGAAGCUCGUGAUCCCGUGAUCCACUCACCGAGGAGCGCGGGAAGGAGGAGGAGUCGGAAGAACUUCUGCGUUUGA